AUGCAUCGAGUAUCAGAUGUCCCAGUUGUUCUUUUUAACCCAUAUUUGACAUGCAGUUUAUGCAGAGGCUACCUAAUAGAUGCUACGACAAUUGUCGAGUGCCUUCACUCUUUUUGUCGUAGUUGUAUUUUAACUUAUCUGAAAAUUAAUACAACAUGUCCAGUAUGUGAGACACUUCUACACAAGACCAAACCGCUUUGUGCAAUUCGUCCUGAUCGUGCAUUGCAAGCUAUCGUGUACAAGCUUAUACCAAAUCUGUUCGAGAAAGAAAUGCUAUGCAGAAGGAAAUUUUAUGGAGCUCAUCCUUCAGUUCAUAGUCGAUCACUUAGUCCUGAAAAACGUGGUGAUGUAACUCUGAAUACUUAUGUACUCCAAGAAGAAGAUCGUUUGAGUAUUGAACUUCGAUACUGGAACCAGAGUGAACAUAAAACUGAAGAUUGUGGUGAUGCAAAUGAUUCAGUCAGUUCGUUACUAACUGUUACCCCGCCUAUUCAACCUACAUUCCUACUCUGUCCACCUGAACUUACAGUGGGACAUAUCGAAAAGCUUAUUCGAAUGAAAUUUAAUCUGAAACCCAGUGAACAUGAUGUCUCCGUGUUUUUGUCACUUGAUGACCUAUUCAAUUCUGAACAUACAUUAUCCGACCUAGCCUGUCUCUAUGCUUGGCGUCGUCAGCAACCGUUUAAAUUGUAUUUUACAAUCAAAGAAACAUCAAAAACAGUGUUCCCAAUGGUUGCCGAACUGCAACCCCCUUCCACAUCAAGUAAUCUUAAUGAUCAGCCUAAAUCUGAUGUCUGUCCCCAAACUAAUACUUCUUGCUGUGUGAAAACAAAAUCAAAAAAUCCAUCUAUAAAUUCUUAUCGUAAACGACAUGUAGAAGAUAUUGAUUAUGAAAUAGUUAGUCAUCCUGUUGAAACUUCUGUAUCUAACUCACAAGUCUCAACAAAAUCAUCCUAUAAAAUAUCACUUCCGACACAAUUUGUAAAAUCAAUAAGUUUAUCAUCUCCUGUCCUUAACACUUCAAGCUCUAUAUGUUCAUCACUGGCUUGA